GGGCAGCAGACAGUGCUCCUCGAUGAUGACUCCCACAGGGAAGCGUCAUAGGAAGAGGGAAAGGGAGAGGGUGUUGAAAGGACAACAGGAGGUCAAGAAGAAAUGCCCGUUGGACAGACAGAGGCGGAAGAAAGCAAAAGUGUCGUCGUCAUCGAGGCAACAAAGUCUGAAGAACGUGUCAGGAACACGACUCCGACACUUGCGUUUUCAAAAGCUUUCGUGCUCUCGCUGGCAUUGGCAAGCCAAGGGGAGGAGCCCUACUGCCUGUUCAGGAGGGGAGAUCGUGCGCGGGGAGGAACGCAGAUCAACCAGGGAAGGAGAGCUCUCGAAGGAAGCUGGAGCCGUCAGUGGAUUGGAGAUGGCAGUUGCAAGACCCCUCUGUGUGUCUUUCCUCACCAGAGGAACGUGUGCAUCGGGAUGUCUUUGUGCCUUCUCCCAUUACGUUGGCAGUGCACCUCAUUCUGGCAUGGGCAGCACAUCUGUUGAGAGGGGCAGGGGCGGAGGAGGAGGAUCGGGAGGGGAAGGUAGGAAUAUGAUAGGAGGAGGAAGUGGAGGUGGUAAUAUGUUCCAGUCGGAAAGUCAUUAUCGCUUAUCAUCAGUGGUGGUUCUUCCAUCCUCUGAUGGUCGCAGUGCAAGCGAGGGAGGAGGAGGGGAGGCGCAAUUGGGAAGUAUGCAAGAAGGAGGGGAGGGGCAGUGGCGAGGAGGAAGUGCCACACAUCAUCAGGGCCAUGUGACUCCUAAAAUUGGCAAUCAUGUUACUCGUGAAAGGAGGACUCAGAUGGACAUGGCGAGGGGAUCAGGGAACGGGAACAACAGGAUCGUUACCAAUCAGACGGCUGUGAUCAAUGGGAAUUGGGUGAGCAGUAUGGGAGAUGCUGGGGGAGGUGAUGGAUAUGGGAGGUGGGGUGAUGGGGGGGGGAGUGCGGCUACCAACAGAUGUGGGCAGGAAACGGGUGUCCCAAAUCGUGGAGGGCAGAUAAGUGGCAGCUCUGGUCUUGCAGUGUCAUCUCCGAAAAGAACAACGGAGUACUCAAGCGGGCAGUCUUUACCCCCUGUGGAGUCUGGAUAUGAAAGGCAAAGGUAUGAGCCACCUUCAGGGAUUAGGUAUGGUGGAGGAAGCAACCCAUCAACAAAUGGACAUGAGAGUGGAAACACGGAGUCAGUAAGCGGUGGAUUGCUUGGACAAGGACUGCCGCGAUACAUGUCGUUUGAUAGAUCAACCGUGAGCCACAGCAGUGAUCGGAGAGUCGGUGGCACUGGGGGCGAUGGAUAUGGUUGGGUGGGAAACAAUGGUGGUGCUGCCGGGCCAGCAGGUGUGGUGGGGGCAAAUACGGCUAUCUGCGGUGGAAGCUGCCCCGCUCAGUCCAGCGGUUGGUACAAUGGUAGAGAGGCAGGCCGGGGUGGUGCAGAAGGGCAUUGGGCAGGAGGAAGACAUGGAGGCUGGGGAGGGGGAGGGGAGGGGGAAGGACGAUGGGUGGGACGUGGUGGAGCCUGGGGGGGAGGAGGAGGAGGAAGAUACUGGGGAAAAGGAAGCAGAGGCUGGAGGGACAAUUCACAGGGCUUGCAGGAGUUGCAGGAGAGGACCUGGUCAUAUCGACAUAGCUUUGUUCCGCCUUUGAAGUCUCAGAAUGAUGUGGCAGACAUUUCCCUGUUUGCUGAACGAGGGGAUUCAUUUGUGUUCAUGUCUUAUAAUAUUCUUGCUGGAUCGUUAGCCGAGGAACACUCGCGUGAGUUGUAUUCUCGCGUUCAUCCUGACUUCUUGGCGUGGCCGAACAGAAGGAAGAACAUUUUAAAAGAGAUGGUGUUUGUUCAAGGUGAUGUGGUCUGUCUUCAAGAGGUGGACAAAUUUGAUGAGCUAGAGAACGAGCUCGGGAAAAUGGGUUAUCAGGGGACGCAUAGAUCGAGGACAGGAAAUCACUCCGACGGGUGCGCUGUCUUCUGGAAGACCAAAAAAUUCAAGAUGCAAAAGACGGAAGUGAUAGAGUUCAUAGAGCUGGGCCUCCGAGAUAACGUAGCACAGCUAGCUGUGUUGGAAAGCAUUGCAGGGAGAAGUGGAGGCAGGGGGAAGCACGAGAAGGCUAGUGUGGAGUACGUAGGAAAUGAGGAAGAUGAUGAAGAGGGGGAUGAUUGCCUGCUGGUUACAGGGUUGAAAGUGUCAGCAAGAGAUGUGAGGAGUGAAGAUGACUUGUUAAUCUGGAGUAAAGGUAGGAAGGAGGGCAGAGGUGGUGAGGAGCCACCGGAGCAGCAGCAGCGGCGGAGGAGGAGGAAAAGGAGGAAAAAGAUAGUCGUUGUCGGGAACAUUCAUGUGUUGUUCAAUCCUAAGAGAGGGGAUGUCAAAAUGGCACAGAUUCGGACUCUAAUUGAGCGGGCUCGUGAAUUGGCAUCCAGUUUUGGGAAUGAUGUCGAUGUGGCAGUUGUUCUAGCUGGCGAUUUUAACUGCAGUCCCGGCAGUCCUCUAUACCAGUUCAUAUCAAAUGCUGAGCUGGACUGCAGCACAGUCGAUAGACGAGUGAUGUCCAGAGUUACCCAGGGCAUGCAUGGUCCUAACACUGCGAUGAAUGCCAAUUCCAGCGGGUGGCAGAACAGCGGCAGACGACAUGGUCCUUGGUCUGGUGCUGGUGGACCCUAUGCAUAUUCUACACCUUCCCUUCCUUCAUCUGUCGCAGCAACCCUUCUGCAGCAGCGGAAUGGUCCCGCGCUAGGGGGGGGAGAAAAGUUGGGCAAGACACUGGCCCCCCACUCUGGUCCGAAUGUGAAUAGGAAAUCGGUUUUUCAGUCAGCAUGGGGAGAGUUGGCGAAGACCGAUGAGAGAGGGAGACAGCAAGAUCGAACGACAGUGUGCCCUGACACUGUGAUCGAGAUUGAAGACAACCUCGGUGUGAUCAGUCCGGUAUCGAAUGGGGAGAAGGACAACAAGAGUAAGGGUGAUGAUGGUGGUGGCGAAAUGAACGCACAAAGUGUAGGUAAGGUAGAACCGCCGGUGGUUGGAGUAUCUGAUGAUGACGAUGACGACGAUGACUGUGUGAUUGCUGGGGAAAAGGAGAAGAAGGGAGAGGUCAACGGGGAAGGGAGCAAGGAGCCUCUGGUAAGUCAAACGGCGUCGGUUCUUCGAGGGAAGCCGUUGGUCUUAGUACUGAAAGAUGAUGCCACACCCAGAAAGAUGGAAGAGAGUCUGGGAGAGAGAAAAGAUGAAAGAAAAGAAGAGAGGAGAGACGACUUUGCCUAUGAGUGGUGGGAAGCAGUUGUACGUAGGAAAGGUGAUGCAAGAGGUGAAGGCGGUGGGGAGGGAAUGGUGAUGAUGCGGGGACCGCCUUGUCCUUCAGGGCAAAUGGAACGCCGAUUGGGUUGGGAGGCUGACGAUCUAAAGAGAGCUGUGGGAGUCUCGGGCGAGCAUAUUGCCAAGCAUGGGCUGAGUCUAAUCAGUGCGUAUGCGGAUGUGAAAGGUGUAGAGCCGCCAUGUACAUCGUACCAUGAGAAAUUCAUGGGAACCGUCGACUACAUCUGGCACACGCGCCAUCUGGAAGCGGUUAGAGUUUUGGACACAGUACCACCAGGGGUUUUGAGGAGAUUGCCGGGACUUCCUGCUGCCAAUCAAGGCAGUGAUCAUAUGGCUCUGGCUUGUGAGUUUGCCUUCAUUGACCGGCUGGAAUGGGAGGAGAACGAGGUAGAGGGGAGGGAGGGUUUUCCGAGAAGCCGGGGGUGGUGGCCGAAGAUAGGCAUUGUGUAAGAUUGAUGAUACACUGUGAACAUGCGUGAUGACCUUCUCUUUUCUGGCUGAUCAUGGAGCGGGGCUGUCAAGGUCCUACCCAAGGUGGUCUCUGGUUUUGUGUUUUCCAUCUAGUCAAGAUUUACGGCCGUUUGCCCUACUACUGACCUUGGGCACAAAGAUUCCUGAGUCCCUCGGUCCAAAGGUUCCCUUGUCGCCUUUAGACGGGCUUUUCUACUUUAGCACGGUUCUGGGCUCUCCCCAUCUCAUACACCUCCUGUACAGUGUGGUGACCCAGGUCACACCUGAGGUAUAUAUGGUGUGAGAGAGAGAGAGAGAGAGAGAGAGAGAGAGAGAGACAGAGAGAGACAGAGAGAGACAGAGAGAGGAGGGGGGAGGAGGGGGGACACAGGGUUUGAUACCCAGAUCUGGCCCCCAGGAUUUUCAAGUUUUCUUUAGUGUGUUUCUGAUUUUGUCGCUGAUGAGGUGCCAAACGACUCCGUCGAUAUAAGCUCUUGGGAGUCAUCAGCCUGUCCGGCGUACCUCCAACCAAUGCUUUUAAGCAAGACAUUGAAAGAUGUCAUGAUGCUCCUACUCUGAUGGCAAUCCCUUCAGGUUUUGAACCCAGGUUGGUAUCUUACUGAUCUUAUUGGGCCAGUUAGGUUUCGUAUAUUACGCCGAAAAGGAGGGCAUGCACAACAUUCGACUCACUCACUUCAGUUUGUCACUUUUGGUUGGUUGUAUACAAGAGAAUGGGGUAAGAAUGUUUGUCCGUCCAUUGGUGAAGAGGAGAAGAAUCGUGGCCAUAGCUGCAGCGAAAGUGCAGCCAUAGCUGCGAAGAGCAUGGGCGGUACUGUACUGUUUUGUGGGGCUGUUUGUUGCAUCUUGCUCUGGGCUGCUGGUUGCCCAGCGGGACAUCACUUUGGUAUGGUUCCGUCUUGAUUUUAACCAUGUUUGAAUGAAAUACCGGAUUGUUG